CGGCGAAGCGGCUGAGCCGGGGCAGAGCGCAGCGCGGCGGAGAGGAGGAACAAAUAAACAAUCAUAAUAAUAACAAUAAUUAAUAAUAAUAACAAUAAUAAUAAUAAAAAAGCCAGAGAAGGAGGAGGAAAAAAUACCAAACAGCCAGCCCCCCCACCCCCGAGCCAAAAAGAGGGAGAAAGAGAGAGAAAGAGAGCAGCGCCCGGGCGGAGCGGCGGAGAGGAAGAAUUAAAGCGAGCGAAGGAGGGAGGAGAGACAGAGCAGAGAGAGAGAGAGGAGGAAAGAGGAGGAAAAAAAAAAAAAAAAGCCCACAAAAACAAAGCGAUCGCAGUUGAUGUUGCUGCUGCAAGCUGGACUUCCAAAAACUACGGCGAGACCGUCCGCUCUCCGCGCCGAGAAAAGUCUCCUCAGCUGUGCGUGUUUUUUUCCGCUGUGUGUGUAAUCUUUAACCUUUUAUUCAUUCUUAUUUUGAUGGCUUUCCUGAAUGGCUGACUGCGAGCUUCCCUGGACCUGGCCCCCAGACACCCGCCUCUCCUCCUUCAACUACUCUGAAAAGCAAAGCAAACAAACUUUGAAAAUAAAGGGGGAACAGGAAGUUUGGCAACGGUGUCCAAUAGAUAUGGCAAUGGUAGUCGGUGCGUGGCGAGACCCCCAGGACGAUGUGCCCGGAGCUCAGGGAACGCAGCCUUCGCAAGCCCCGCCGGUGCAGGGACCUCCGGCCGGGGCCCCGCACACCCCACAGACCCCGGGGCCCGGGGGCCCUCCCAGUACGCCAGCUCAGACCAACCCGCCAAGCCAGCAGAACCAAGGAGACAAACAGCAACAGCAGCAGCACAUUGAAUGUGUGGUUUGUGGGGACAAGUCUAGUGGCAAACAUUAUGGCCAGUUUACCUGCGAGGGUUGCAAGAGUUUCUUCAAGCGGAGUGUAAGGAGGAAUCUCAGCUACACUUGUCGUGCCAACAGGAACUGUCCCAUUGACCAGCACCACCGCAAUCAGUGUCAGUACUGCCGCCUCAAAAAAUGCCUCAAAGUUGGCAUGAGACGGGAAGUUUCUUCUUUAUUUACUGCAGCGGUCCAGAGGGGCAGAAUGCCACCCACACAGCCAACUCAUGGUCAGUUCGCCUUGACAAACGGGGACCCUCUCAACUGCCAUUCCUACCUAUCCGGAUAUAUCUCCCUUCUUCUGAGAGCAGAGCCCUACCCCACCUCCCGCUUUGGCAGUCAGUGCAUGCAACCCAACAACAUCAUGGGCAUCGAGAACAUUUGUGAACUGGCAGCUAGGAUGCUCUUCAGUGCGGUGGAGUGGGCCAGGAAUAUCCCCUUCUUCCCAGACCUCCAGAUCACAGACCAGGUGGCCCUCCUGAGGCUGACCUGGAGCGAGUUAUUUGUCCUCAACGCUGCCCAGUGCUCCAUGCCCCUCCACGUAGCUCCGCUCCUGGCAGCUGCUGGCCUCCACGCUUCGCCAAUGUCUGCUGACCGAGUGGUCGCCUUUAUGGACCACAUACGAAUCUUCCAAGAGCAAGUAGAAAAACUGAAAGCAUUGCAUGUCGACUCUGCAGAAUAUAGCUGUUUAAAGGCCAUAGUCCUCUUCACCUCAGAUGCCUGUGGUCUCUCUGAUGUAGCCCAUGUUGAAAGUUUACAGGAGAAGUCACAGUGUGCUUUGGAAGAGUAUGUUAGGAGCCAGUAUCCCAACCAGCCAACACGAUUCGGGAAGCUAUUACUACGUCUCCCCUCCCUUCGCACUGUCUCCUCUUCUGUCAUAGAGCAAUUGUUUUUCGUCCGUUUGGUAGGUAAAACCCCCAUAGAAACCCUAAUCAGGGAUAUGUUACUGUCUGGCAGCAGUUUUAACUGGCCUUACAUGUCCAUUCAAUAAAAUAUUCGAGAGAGAAAAAAAUAAAAUAAAAUAAAAAAAAAUUAACAAUUGAGAAGGGAGAUGAAAGAGAGUGAAAGGAAAGCAAAUGACAUUUGGGUUCUGGUUGUUUCUUAAAUUUCCUUCUGCUAAGAGAGGAUGUAAAAGGAUGUUACAAGUUUGCUAAGAGAAGACAGGAAAAAAAUUAAUGGACUGUGAAUUUAAAAAAGAGACUGUCAAAUGAACUUUUACAGAAUGCAUUAAAAACUCCCGUGUUGUUCAGAGAAAAAAAAAAACAACAACA